AUGCUUAUUGUUCCGUUGGCUGUCUUCUGCUUUCCGGAGAACAGACUUACCUUCGCGAUGGAUCUUCUAACGCUCGUGUAUUGGACAUUGAAUGUGCCACAUACUCUCACCAUGGGCUACGAAGCGGGGUUGGUGACCGUGCGGUCUCCGUGGCUGAUUCUUUUGAAAUACAUGAGGACAUGGUUCAUUGUGGACAUGGUGGUGUUGGUGCCAGAUUGGGUCAUUGUGUUGCUCAGCGUCGGAGUCAGGUUUGAACGGGCUACGUCGUGCGAUAGUGCUGUUGAGGGCGCUGGGAUCGUCAGGCUGCUCAGGAAUUUGCGCAUCGUGCGUCUUCUGCGGCUCGCCCGGAUUGCGCGGCUCAGGAAAUUGUGGCAGAUCUUGAACGAAUGGAUCUCUUCACAAUCAGUCAACAUCGUGGCGAAUAUCACUGGGAUGUUGAUGCUCUUGCUGACCCUCAGCCACUUCAUAAGCUGCAUGUGGUAUGCAAUCAGUAACCAGAUGGAGGGCGACGACAGAUGGCUUAUCCAUUACAACAUGAAUGAGAAGAAGUGGAACUACUUGUAUGCGACUUGCCUCCAUUGGUCAUUGACGCAGUUCACUCCAGCGCCUAUGGAUAUCCAGCCUCAGAAUUUUCUUGAACGCGUCUUCGCGAUCUCCGUAGUGGUUUGCGCGUUGGUCGGCUUCUCCUACGUAGUCGGCAGUAUCACUGGCAGCCUUGCACAAUUUCGGAGCCUGAAGGAGGAGAAAACUCAACUGUUUUGGGAUUUGCGAGUUUAUUUGAAGCGUAACGCUGUGGAACCGACCCUUUCCAUGCGCAUCCAACGCUACCUUCAUCACGCAUGGCGCUAUCAGGCUCGCAACAAGACUUUCUCGCAGAUCAAGAUUUUGACGAUGCUGUCAGAGCAGCUCCAAAAUGAGCUGCUGUUUCAACUGCAUUCGCAUCUUACCAUAUACCCGCUUGUCCGAAAGUUGCUGGAACUGUCGAAACUGACUGCGUUCAGGUUGGCGAGGACGGCAAUCUCCACCAAACAGUUUGCAAACACUGACCCCCUUUUCAUACACGGUGAAAAGCCGAGCCACAUGUACCUGCUGGUGCAGGGGCGAUUCCAGUACAAACGCCUGACCUCCGAGGGCAAGGUGGUGCGGGAGAUGGUCGACAAAGGCGAGGACUGGAUCGCGGAGCCCGCGAUGUGGUCGACGGAGUGGUACAAUCUGGGCGACUGCACCGCGGCCGACCAGAGCAGCCUGACGCUGGUGAGCCCGAGCCAUUUCUGCCAGGAGGCGAGGCGCAACCCGUCGGCCUGGGACCUUGCCUCCAGGUACUGCAGGAACUUCGUGUGGUGGCUGAACGCGGCAGAAGCCGACGAGCUCUCUGACAUCACCCAGGGCGACGACCCGGACAAGCAGGCGCAGCUGAGGGGCUUCAUGGUCUACGACCCGGCCCCCGCCUGGCAGCUUGGCAAGAAGCGCAGCAACCACGCACCAAACCCAGAGGGGUGCUGA